GUGGUGCUGGCGCUGCCCUACGAUACCCCCGUGCCCGGGUACAUGAACAACACCGUCAACACCAUGCGCCUGUGGUCGGCUCGGGCACCCAACGACUUCAACCUGCGGGACUUCAACGUCGGAGACUACAUCCAGGCCGUGCUGGACAGAAACUUGGCGGAGAACAUAUCCCGUGUCCUCUACCCCAACGACAACUUCUUCGGGGGAAGGGAGCUGCGGCUGAAGCAGGAGUACUUCGUCGUGGCUGCCACCCUCCAGGACAUCAUACGCCGCUUCAAAGCAUCCAAAUUCGGGAGCACAGACAGCGUCCGAACCGUGUUCGAUUCCUUCCCUGACCAGGUUGCCAUCCAGCUGAACGACACGCACCCCGCCAUGGCCAUCCCGGAGCUGAUGAGGAUUUUCGUGGACAUCGAGAAGCUGCCGUGGAACAAGGCCUGGGACAUCACCAAGCAGACCUUUGCUUACACCAACCACACAGUGCUCCCCGAAGCCCUGGAGCGCUGGCCGGUGGACCUGGUGGAGAAGCUGCUCCCCAGACACCUGCAGAUCAUCUACGAGAUCAACCAGAGACACCUGGAUCACAUCGCGUCCCUCUUCCCUAACGACGUGGACCGGCUGCGGAGGAUGUCCCUGAUAGAGGAGGGAGGCACCAAGAGGAUCAACAUGGCCCAUCUCUGCAUCGUCGGCUCCCACGCUGUCAACGGCGUGGCAAAGAUCCACUCCGAAAUAGUCAAGACUCAAGUCUUCAAGGACUUCGCAGCGCUGGAGCCGGAGAAGUUUCAGAACAAGACCAACGGCAUCACCCCACGGCGCUGGCUCCUGCUCUGCAACCCGGGACUGGCGGAGCUCAUCGCAGAGAAAAUAGGGGAGGACUACGUGCGGGACCUGAGCCAGCUGACAAAGCUGCACGAGUUUGUGGACGACGACCUCUUCAUCCGGGAGGUUGCCAAAGUGAAGCAGGAGAACAAGGUGAAGUUCGCGCUGUACCUGGAGAAGGAGUACAAGGUGAAGAUCAACCCUUCCUCCAUGUUCGACGUGCAUGUGAAGAGGAUCCAUGAGUACAAGCGGCAGCUGAUGAACUGCCUGCACAUCAUCACCAUGUACAACCGCAUCAGGAGGGAUCCUACAAAGCUCUUUGUGCCGAGGACAGUGAUCAUUGGGGGCAAGGCUGCCCCAGGAUAUCACAUGGCUAAAAUGAUUAUCAAGCUCAUUAACGCUGUGGCUCAGGUGGUGAACAAUGACCCCAUUGUGGGGAGCAAGCUGAAGGUCAUCUUCCUGGAGAAUUACAGGGUCUCACUGGCAGAGAAAGUGAUCCCUGCUACUGACCUGUCGGAGCAGAUCUCCACGGCGGGCACCGAGGCGUCGGGUACGGGGAACAUGAAGUUCAUGCUGAAUGGGGCUCUGACCAUCGGCACCAUGGAUGGAGCCAAUGUGGAAAUGGCUGAGGAGGCUGGAGAGGAAAACCUGUUCAUCUUCGGCAUGAGGGUAGAGGACGUCAUGGAGCUGGACAGGGAAGGAUACAAUGCUCAGGAGUACUAUGACCAGCUCCCUGAGUUGAAGCAAGCCAUGGACCAGAUCAAGAGCGGCUUCUUCUCCCCAAAGGAGCCUGACCUCUUCAAAGACGUGGUCAACAUGCUCUUCCACCAUGACCGGUUUAAAGUUUUUGCAGACUACGAAGCGUAUGUCAAAUGCCAGGAGAAGGUCAGCGAGCUGUACCUGGUACUAAAAAUAAAAGUGCCGUUGGAGUCCAAGGGGCUGUUUGCUGAAGCCUAA